ACAGGGUGCCAGUGGAAAACCAGGCGGCCGCAUAUGGACUGUCUCUUGAUAUCAUUCACUGGCCGUGUAAUCUUAUUAUGCUAAAUCCUUAAUCCUCACCUAUGCUGGACGCCCACAACAGUGACAGUGCUGGUGAUUGGACGACUAGACGUAGUUGGGGAUGCUGUGUUCUCCGCCACACAUUCUGCCGAGCUGGUCUGCAUUAUGAACCUGACAGACAGUCUCUCGAGGAUUUCGGAAGACUGUCAGGAUGUUUCGCGGUUUCUUUGUGAAGACGAUUGGCUUUGUUGGUUACACCAUCCAGUAUGGCUGCAUCGCUCACUGUGCUUUUGAGUAUAUCGGCGAAUUUGUGGCGUGUUCAGGACCUUCCAUGGAGCCCACCAUCACCAACCACGACGUGGUUUUCUCAGAACGAUUAAGCCGUCACCUCUGUCAAAUACAAAAAGGAGAUAUUGUAAUAGCCAAAAGUCCUUUUGAUCCAAAAAUGAACAUUUGCAAACGAGUGAUCGGCUUGGAAGGAGACAAAGUUUGCACCAGUGGACCAUCUGAUGUCUUUAAAACACACACUUAUGUACCAAGAGGGCAUGUGUGGCUGGAAGGCGAUAACCUUCGGAAUUCCACAGAUUCCCGAAGCUAUGGCCCCGUUCCCUAUGCCCUGAUCCGAGGACGCGUUUGCUUAAAGUUGUGGCCCCCACAUAGUUUUGGAGUAUUGGCUGAAAGUCCAAACGACGGGCGCAUUUUAUGAAGAAGCUGUUCAUGUAUAUUGGCAAUGUAAAUUAUAUUUUUGCAAUGUUUUAAAAUAAAUUCCUAUUUCUAA